GCAACAGGUAGUCUAGCACGUAUCAUUCUCAGUCACAAGUGUUCCAGACGUCCGGGAUGGAUUUGUUUAAUUUCAGAUUUAUUUUCCUUUUCCUUUCUGCAGUUGGAUGCUGCAACGGCCAGGACGCCCCACUGAUAUCGGGCCAGAUAUCCGGAGUAUUUGGAAAGAACGUCACGUUCAGUACCACGGUUAAGGACAAUGAAAUUGGCAACUUUCUCACAAUAUCUUGGGUUUACCAAAAAACUAACUCUCCUGUUGUCACCUCUGCUCCCGGGGGAGUGAUCGUUGGCCCUGGCUACGAUGGAAGAGUGUUUCUGAACACAUCCAAUGGGGUACUGAAUAUCGGACCAUUGACAUCGAAGGAUAGCGGGACGUAUACAUUGAAUAUGGUCACGAAUACUGCAGUGACACGUACAGGUUCAAUAAUGCUCACUGUUCUAGACCCAGUGUCCGGUGUGACCAUCACAUCCAACAUGAACGCGGCUGUGGAAUUCAACAGCACUGUGGUCCUGACCUGUUCCGCUCUGGGAUCUGCCCUCACCUACCAAUGGAUAAACGGCACUGCUCCCGUGGUCGCUGACGGGACUCACGUGACCAUUUCAAACUCCACAGUGUUGACCGUGGCCAAUGUGUAUAGGAACGAUCUGGUUGGACCCAUCUACUGCACAGCCUCCAACUUGGAGCAAGCGAUCAGCGCCCCCUUUAACCUCACAGUGAGCUAUGGGCCAGAACUGAUUUCCAUGACGGUCAACCCUGGCCCUGGUGCUCAGGUUAAGGGCUCCAAUGUCACAUUCAGCUGUUCGGCUCAGUCCAGUCCUCCAGCUACGCUUAUGUGGAUCCUCAAUGGAGUCCUCCUCCCAACGACCGGUCCCGUGCUGAUGCUGGCCAACAUAGCCGAGGCGCAGAGCGGAAACUACUCCUGCAUGGCCUACAACCCUAAAACCUUGCGGUACCUGGCAUCCACCACAGCCAGCAUCACUGUGAUAGCGGCCAUAUCUGGCACUAAUGUCACAGGCCUCACUACACCACUCAUCGCAGGUAACAGCACGGGCAACCUGACCUGCCGUGCAGCUGUCGGGAUCGCCGACACCACACUGUGGCUGAAGGAUGACGUGCCGCUGAAUCCUAGCUCCAGGGUCGUGUUCUCGCCAGACAAGAGCUCUGUCAUAAUCAAUCCACUGCAGAAGGGGGACAGUGGGACAUACAAGUGCAUGCUGUCCAAUGCUAUAAGCUCAGAUUCUGUCAUCUUCAGGAUGAAUAUUUCCUUCGGCCCUGAGGAAGUGGUGGUGGAGGGGAAGCAUGCCAUUCAUGAGCAAGACUCCAUCACGCUGAAGUGUCACUCACUUUCCCACCCGCCUGCCGCCUACGCCUGGAAAUUCAACGGGACGCAGAUCGCCGUGGUGGCAGCCGAGAACACCAUCACCGCUGCCACGUUCCAGAACACCGGGAUCUACACCUGCGUAGCCAGCAACGCCGUCACCGGAAAGACCAUUAGCGUUGACCACAUGCUGUCUGUCAAAAAGUUGGGAGAACCAACGGAUGAACCGGAAGGUCUAACAGGCGGGCAGGUCGCUGGCAUCAUCAUCGGUGUUGUCAUCGCCCUGGUGCUCAUCGUCGCUGUGGUCAUGUACAUGCGCCAGAAAAAACCGAUCGAGUCGCCAUACUAGAAGGGUGGCAGGAGGGAAUCUGGAACUAUCAGCCCGAAGAGUCAGCCACUUAUUCCCCUCAAGAUCAUCUCAGCUCUCGGGAAGAUCACUCAGGUAGAAUCCUCCCCUAGGUCGGUUCAGCCGUACAAACUUUUCAUCACAAAGCCCACACAACUUCAGGGGUCACAACAACAUGACCCCUCCUUUAAACAACGUCACACUUCAGAGGAUCUCGUCUCCUUUGAAGAAGCCAGUGUGUGUCCAGGACAAUGGUUCAGGGGGGCUUGGAUUGGACCAGAGAGCUGCCACCUAUCUCUGCCAUCUAACAUCUGUCUGCAUGGAUUAAACACACCUGCCCUUCCCUCCGUUUGUCCCAUUGGCUAAGGUUAAACAACUUCAAACACUUCAUCUUUUGCGAAACAGAGGAAUGUCAUGAAUUUCGCCUCACAUUCUUAGGGAAAUGUAACACAUCAUCGCACUGAGUGAUGAUGAUGACGAUGAUGCACUGACUGUCACAAGGGAUCCUUUCGAUUUUGCCAAACUGAAGAAGGAUUUUGGUGGUACAAAACAAGCAAUAUGGAGGGCCGUAAGGUUUGAUCAAGGCGAAUUGGCAAAAAAUAACCUGAAAUUGAUGGGACGCAUGUUUGUAAAUCCAACAUCGGGUCCCUGCUUGAUCCCAAGGAAUGGUUUCUUUCUUUUUGUUACUCGUCAAGACACCAAUGACAAGAUCCAACAUGCAGCAAAUGUUUGGGGGAGAGGAAAAAGACAGGAACUUUUUCUGGCAAAGACAUUCUUCAGUUUUGGAGGGAAAGUAUGUGUGCUAAAGGGUGAUACUACUGAGUUAUGUUAUUUGCUGUAUUCAGUAGUGGGAAUUGAUAUUAUGGUGGUUUUAUUUUUUGCUUUUAAAGUUCCUACCAAAAAAUACUAAAUGCACACUUAUAAAAAAGGGUUUGAAAGGGUUUGUCAGUUGUUCCUGUGGGGGAAACCUUAGAAGAACCAUUUUGGGGUGGGGUUUAGAAAUAACUUUUAUAGAACCCAAAAGGUUGUACCUGGAACCCAGAUUACUUAUUAAUGACUUAUUCUCCCACAGGGACAGCUAAUGAAAAUAUUGUUGGUUCUAAACAGACCCUUUUUUCUGAGUGUAACUGUUUAGAAGCAUUGAUUGACAGGUGCCAUUUUAUGUUACACGUGCCAUUUUAUGUUAUUCCUGCAACAUGUUACAAAAUUCUGUUCAUCAGCUUAGUUUAGAGAACAAUGAUCUUGCCUUUUGUCACUGGUAUUUAAAGAAACUCUCAAUGAAUACAUUGAGAUAAUUGUGUGUUUUUAAAUCUAUGAAAUUACUUAUUGUUGUAAAACAAUGAGUAGUUAGAAAGCGCAAACAACUGUGGGAUACCAAGUUACACCUUCAUUGAGAACACAGUACUCUGGGAUUGAGGUCUUUGUUAAGAAUUCUAUAGAUUUAGGCCUGGAUCUGGAACGUGUUUGGCCUACUUAGCAUUUGGUCUAUUCAAACAGAAAGACCCCCAUCCCCUAAACAUACAAGUUGUUAUACUGACUGUAGUUAAUUUGACCAUUGUAAAAAGUACAAUGUAAAUACUGCAAUGCAACUUAAUUGGGAUUGAGCCCUAAAUUACCCAGUGGAUUCACUUGGGAAAAAGGUAGAUUGUUUGCCUGAACAAUGUGUUUUUGUGGAUUUGAUCAUUUUUAUUAAAGGUAUUAACCAGCACAGGUGAAAUAUGAUACAUCAAUAAACCUGGAUCCUUUGUAAAUAAUACACAGACAUAUUGUUUGUGUGCAUGUACUGUAUAUUGUACUGGACAAAGUAUUUUGAAUCAGUACAUUCUGUCAUCAAUUUGGGGUUUCUUGCUUUAUCUAAUUUAAAAUGUCACAAAUGUUUUCAUGUUGUUUACAGAAGAGCUUAUUAUUCUUUAACGACUAACCAACAUUCAUUCAUAAUUUCUUAUUUUGUGGACAAUGACGUGCCUCUGAGAUGUUUGUUUUUAUAUUAUUUAUUCUUUUGCAGCCUCUGCUUUCGUCUUUUUAUUUUCCAAACUUUCCAAGUGUCUUACAAAGCCAACCGCAGUCUCUGUAACUCUCUCUCUCUCGCUCUCUCUGUGUCUCGCUCUCUCUGUGUCUCGCUCUCCCUGUGUCUCGCUCUCUCUGUCUUGCUCUCUUUCUCUUUCUUUAGAACGACAGAACAUAAAGGCGGAGCGACGGUUAAUUUUUGAAAUCCUGUGUUGCGUCUCCACUAGUCCAAUAGCCACAGGUGUUUCAGUCUAGCUUCGGUUGGUAUGUUUGUGUAUGCCGUGGUGCUGUCCUCUCCCAUCUCCCUGUUCCCUCACAUAUGUCAAAGAAAGAGAGAUAAGAACUAUGUAAAUAUCAACUGUAAUAAAACACAGACAGUGAAUCAGUGCGGUGGGGUUUGAAUGAAUUGUCAUGACGUCUGCUCGGGGUAAGGCCAUGCCAUAUGUUUUAGAGGUGGGAGGGCAUGCCUGAGCUAACAAUCCCUCUACAUUUUAUUCUAAUGGACUGGAUUCAAAACCAUAAUUUCAUUUGAUCCACUCGUCUGUCAGUCUCUGACAUCUCUGGCUUGUGGGUUUUGCCUGUAGAUUCUAAGCGCCUCCCCCGGUUCUGUCUUCACCUGUCUGAACUUAGUAACCGACACCUAACAGUUACACUCCAAUACUAAGAAUCGGAUAAUCCUAUAAUGAUGCUCUAAUGACAAACAUACAGAGCAGAAGCUGGAAAACCAAACCUGCCAUCCCCGUCUGUUUAUCACUUUCAACGAUCAAAAGUUGCAAACACGUUCCUAUGAAAUGAGCAAACCUGUCUACUGUCAAGUUUUAUUGGGAGAGGGGGUUGGACAAAUACUGAAAAGGUGCAGCAGUCUCUUAGUAACGACCUGUCAGUCAAGUUUGCCUUGAGUCAUCAAUGGGGUGUGUAUUUUUUUCCCCCUCCUGUUGGUCUGGUUGGGUUGGUGUUAAAUAGGCGCAACUGUGUAUAACACUGUACUUGAAUGUAAAUGAAAACCCAAUAAAAUAGAAGUGUACAUUUAUAUUAAAAAUCUCUUGAUUAAAUCUGUCACCUGAACCCA